ACAAUCCUUUUCUAUUCUGCCUGUAAACAUUUCCCACGAGUGUACUUUCCGUUCGUGCCAAGAUCGGUAGCGAAGCUGUUAUAAUCCCGUUCUUGUCACAGCAAUAACAGUUCUUCCUUCUAUUCACGUUACUAUUUACUUCAAACUUAAUUUACACACGUUCUUCUUGCUACAGACAAUCUAAUUUAGAUAACAAAGUUGUAUUACAAAUGCGACGAACACAGUCUGCGAAACGUAACCUGCUUGGACGCCACCUUCACAUUAAUGAACUUCACGCACGUGGCGUUGCAGUCACGUGGUCAAACAGAGAGUUGCGAGAAAUAAUAGAAUUAAAACAUACUUAUUAGUAGAUUUCUAUUGUUGUUUGUUGCUCCUGUUUCUCAAUCUGAAUAAUUUUGAGCUACAGUAACGUUAAAAAGAAUAUUUAAAGUAAUUGAAAAGUCCUUACGGUGUUAUUUAUCGAUGACAGAAAAAGCGGGAAACGUGUGUGCUAUUACCGGGUAUCUGUCACCUGUUUUAUAGCUGUUUAAUCGUUGCUAAUUGAUGCUCGUAAUUUGUGUAAUUACUGCGGUUAUUGCAUUUGUUAUUUACACAGUGAUUAAAAUCAAGAUUGAAGAGCGGUUUGAGGAAUGCAGAAUGAGCAGAUUGAGCCUAAAAAAGCAUGACAUGUCGAGUGAGGGCUCUCCGUGUAAAAAUAAGUCAGUGCCCAGUUCAGAGGUCAUUGUUGAAAUAUCAUCUGAUGAGAGCACUAGUCAAAAUAUUUGCGACAGUGAUUUGUCAGAUCAAGAAUCAGUUAUGAAUGAAGUUUACAACAAUGAGACUUUACAUAAGUUUCAAAAGUCUACUGAUAGUGUAUCAUCCGAUGAAGAUGUAGUCGAUACGGUAUUUCCAUCUACUUCAAGAGGGCAAACACAAACUUCAAUGUUUGGAUGGCCUAAAAAAAAUAUAAAUAUGGAAAAGGGCACUACAAUGGAACACAAAGUGUGGGACUCCUCUGAUGACGAAUCAAACAUAUUUGUUCCUACUAUGAAAAAUAAUACUUCAAAGAAAAUUGAUUUGAUCACAGAUGAUGAUUCUAAUUCUUCGUCUCAUUGUAAACAAAAAAAAAAAUUUAAGGGGUUCAAAAGUGCUGAGCCAUCAAAUACAACCGAACUUAAGGAAGAUAUUUUGCCUGAUGUAAAUCAUGAGAUAAUGAUAUCUGGAAUCAAAGUAAAACUUCCUGUGAAACCUUAUUCGUCUCAGGUUGCUGUAAUGAAUAAGCUCAUACAGGGUUGUGUAAAGAAAGAAAAUUGCCUACUGGAGAGUCCAACAGGAAGUGGAAAGACGCUGGCUCUUCUUUGCGGUGUUCUAGCAUGGCACGAUCAUCAUAUUGCUCAAGUCAAGAAGGAGUUGGAAGCUAUAGGAAGCGGUGAGUCACUUAAUUAUUACUUAUACAGGGUGUCCCAGCAUCGGUGGUACGAGCGAGAAAGAGGCGAUUCUAUAUGA